CCACCCCCUCUAUGACUCUGCUAUUAUAAUCGACCGCUGUAGUGUUGGUGUGGAAGGGAGUUAUAAGGUUUUUGUUUGUUUUUGACCGCUGUAGUGUUGGUGUGGAAGGGAGUUAUAAGGUUUUUUGUUUUGUUUUUUCGUUUUAGCCUCAGGUUGUUGUGAAGGUAUCGAACAAGUAACCUUUGGAUCUCAUGCUGUUUGGUCACUUACCUUGUAGCUGCCAAACCGAGUCUCAUUGUUAUUAGAAAUGGAAGAUUCUCGUAGAAAAGUCAUGGGUUCCGUGUGGAAGAAGAAGAAGAAGUUUUUGACGGGGAAAUCUACCAGAAACACUCGUAUCGAAAGGAUGUUGGUUGAUGUGAAAAAGGAUGCCACUCAUCCUGUUAAGUUACUCUUUCAUGAACUUCAGAGCUCUGGUUUGUUGGACGUAGGCGAUGAAACAGACAUUUAUUGUCUCCAAGUCGUCUUUAUUCCUCUGCUGCAGGUCAUUUUAAAUGAGAUGAUGGUGGCUUGGAAUUGCCAUUCAAUGCGAACAGCAAAAGGGACUUCCCCCAAUAAGCAAUUUCUCCAAAGUCUCUUUAAAUUACAGCAGCAAGGAAGAGAAUUUACGGAACUCAAACAGGACAUUGAAAUGCCCAUUGGUUUUGUCGUGGAAGACGUUCUAAGGGAAAACCAAGUUCAUGUUCCAGAGAUUGACAUUCCGGAAUUGAGUGAUGCACAGAGGGAAAGGAUUUAUAGGCGUUACAGUGUGCCUAGUGACAGCACAUCAAAUCGUCUUGAAAUAGCAAGGACAAAUUACUUGCGUGCUCGCCGAUUCAUUCGUUUUUGUUUGGCUGCUGAGGGAAAUUGAAGGGUUCAAAAUAGCUGUACAACUCUUGUUCCGAAAUAACAGAUUGUCUAUCCAGGCAAUAAACCCUCAAAUAAUAGGA